AUGUCUCUCAAGACCGUCGCUGCUACUGCUAUCCUUGCCGCCGCCAACUUGGUGGCUGGCCACGGUGCCAUCAUCGGUGCUACCGGCGAGCUCGGUGGCACUGGCAUGGCCCUCGGUGUUGAUCUCAGCACUCCUCGUGACGGAACCCGUCGCGACCCCUUCCAGGCCGAUUCCACCCGCUUCAAGGGUGAGGCCGCCGACACCUUCGGCGAGACCGUCGGUGCUGGCACCAACGACCUGGAGACUGGCACCAAGGCCAUCAUGGCCGCCACUGGCGACCAGCUUCCCCAGAUCCGUGCCGGUGGCACCAUCGACAUGACCGUCCACCAGGUCAACGGUGACGGCGGUGGCCCCUACGACUGCAUGAUCAACGGUGAUGCCACUGGUACCUCCUGGACCAACAUCAACGUCCCCGUCACCGUUCCCGGCCAGAACUCCCGCAACCGCGCUGGUGCCAUGACCGACUUCCCCAUCAAGGCCGAGAUCCCCGCUGGCCAGACUUGCACUGGUACCGUCGCCGGCCAGAACAACGUCUGCUUGGUCCGUUGCCAGAACGCCGCUCGCGCCGGCCCCUUCGGUGGUGUCGUCCCCGUCCAGAUGGCUCAGGCCGGCAACACCCCCGCCGCCGCUCGCCGCAACCUCGCUCGCGCUGUUGCUGAGUCUGACCGCCAGUUCAAGCGCAUGAUGAAGCGCGCCAUGGCCAUCGAGGCCACCGACUUCGAGGACGAGGAGUAA